CAUCAGCUAUAAAGACCCUAAACAAACCUUCUCUUCUGUGAACCAUUUGAUCAAAAUUCAAAACAAACAAUAACCAGUUUCAGUUCUUCGCUCCUCCUUUGGAACAGGCAGUACUUAAACCUUAAUGGAGAUUGAAUCAGCUAGAUGGUUUAGCGAUCAGGAUUUGGAUGAUUACAACUUAAUCCAUGAAUACCAUAUGAACUCUCUUGCUGAAUUGACCACACAAAAUAUGGCAACUGCAUUAGGAGAAAACCUCAAACAAUCUUUUUCUUCUGAAAGUUACACAUCCUACCAUAAUUUCAACACCAAGAACACCUCCACGGCCACGGCCACCAUCGCCACCACCACAACUUUAAGCAGUUCCUCCAUAGAAACAUCUCAAACAAGUCCAGAAAAACCUAGUAAACUGCAUAAGACCAACAGCCGGAGCUCUAACAUGAUUACGGCUAACCACCAAUCGCCAAAACCUCAAAUUCUUUCUUUUGAGACCUCCAAUCCACCGCCGUUUUUUAUGACUUUAGAUCACUCUACAGUAAAGCCGAAAGAUGAGGCUGCUUCUCCAAGAAAUAUGCAUUUUCAAUCUUUGAUCUCAAAAGCUCCUCAAGGAAUUACUAAUAAUAAUAAAAGACCUUAUUCAAUGACAAGAAGUCCUUCACAUGCUCAAGAUCACAUCCUUGCUGAGAGAAAGCGAAGAGAAAAGCUUAGCCAGCGAUUCAUAGCUCUUUCUGCCAUUGUUCCUGGUCUAAAGAAGAUGGAUAAGGCUUCAGUUCUUGGAGAUGCUAUAAAGUAUGUGAAACAACUUCAGGAACGAGUGAAAGUGCUCGAAGAACAGACGAAGAAGAGAACGGUGGAAUCAGUUGUUCUGGUGAAGAAAUCUCAGGUUUCUACUGAUGAUGAUUCUUCUUCAUGUGAUGAGAAUUCUGAUGGCGGUUCUGAUUCAGCACUUCCAGAGAUAGAAGCAAGAGCUUCCGAUAAGGAUGUACUUAUUCGAAUUCACUGUGACAAACAACAAGGAAUUCUACCGAGAAUACUAAAUGAAGUUGAGAAUCUUCGCUUAUCUAUCACCAAUAGCACUGUCUUGCCUUUUGGAAAUUCUACUCUUGACGUUACCAUUAUUGCUCAGAUGGAUACUGAAUUCUCCAUGGCAAUGAAGGAUCUUGUUAAAAACCUAAGAUUGGCUUUCUUGAAGUUUAUGUGACCAGGUUUUUGAGUGAUCAUUUUUUGCAAUGCAGUCUGUAAAUCCAUAAUCAAGACUUACAUAUUUUGCUUAAGGGAAAACUUUAAGUUCUCUUUUUUCUUGUCUGACCCUUAUAAGCCUCGAAUCUGAUCUCCUCCACUUUGUCUAGACCAAAAUACAUUAAUUAAGCUUCUUUUCCCAUGGGAUUAUUAGGGUUUUUCGUCUGUAUUUUUACGUGGUUGACUUGUUGACCAUGUUAUGCAUUACUCAUAUAUAAUUCCCAUGGACAUAUAUUAUGUAUUUAGGGUUUUUUGAAGGGUUGAUUAAUGUUUUUUCCCUGUCUUACUUUGUUUGCACAUGGUGUGUGCUUGCUUAUUGAGGAGAACCCAGAAAAUGUUGGCAAGUCAUUGUUCAUGGAGAGAAGACAAAGAACACUUUCUUUGAGAAAUUAAUUUGAUCUGUUUUUUUAUUAGCUUUUUGUUUCUUUUCUUUUUCCAUUGUAAUUAUCAGUGGUUUGUUCAAUAUAAAUCAGAUUAUUGUGUGUCAUUAUCAUUAUUAUUUAUGUGCAAUGUUCAAUAAUAUAU